CAUUUAUAUCCAUAUCAACAGCCUCUCGUUUCAGCCUGUUCAAGCUUUAGUCACCCUUUUCGUGUAUCCAAGGACAUCCGUUCACCACAAGUCAAAAGCACAGAACAGAAAACAAAAUGCGUUUCUCCAGCAUCGUCGCUCCCAUCAGCCUUUUGGGAUUGGCAUCUGCUCUCUCGGUUUCCGAGAAGCGAGGCAGCGGUCAAUGUAUCCCAUACAGCACCGCCCAAGCGCUCGUCAACGACUGGGUCACCACCCUGACAACUCCUACCGAUACAGCCGUCUUCACCAACCUCUUGGCCCCCUCAUUCACCGACACCUCCGACUCGAUCAACUUCAUCGCCGGCAUCCCUCUGGGGUCUGUCACAUUCCCGUCUGCCGAGGCCUACACUGAGGGCCAAGGCUCGCAACAACCUAUUGGCAUUACCAUCUUGAACAUCGACGCCGUCACCUGCGAGGGUGUCAUUGCCGUCCGGUGGCUCGCCACCGUCGGUGAAGCCAUCGACCCUGUCAAGGGUAUUUCGAUCCUGUAUGCCGUCCAGUCUGGAUCGGACUGCGACGUUGUCGGACCUACUGGAUGGCAACUCGGCACGUUGUACAGCGAGUUCAACUCCGCUGCUUGGGCUAUCGAUAUUGGUGGCACUUGCACUUCGCCUGCUGCUUCCUCUGGUUAGAUGCUCCGUGGAUAGACGGACACUCUGGUGUGUUGGGGAUAGCGUGCCA